CCUAUCUCUGGGUCCACUGAGGGGCCAGGACCCAGAUGUGAACUGGGAGAAACCCGGAUGUCACCUAUCUCCGGGUCCACUGAGGGGCCAGGACCCGGAUGUGGACUAGAAGGGACCCGGAUGUCACUUUCUUCCAUGUCCACUGACCCGGAUGUGGCAUGGAGAAACCGGAUGUCACUUUCCUCCAGAUGCACUGAUGGGUCAGGAUCCGGAUGUGGACUAGGAGGGACCCGGAUGUCACCUUCCUUCAUGUCCACUGAGGGGCCAGUACACGGAUGUGGACUGGGAGGGACCCGGAUGUCUCCCUCAUUCGUGUCCACUGACCCAGAUGUGGCCUGGGGAACCCGGAUGUCACUUAUCUCCAGGUCCACUGAAGGGCCAGGACCCGGAUGUGGACUGGGGGACCCGGAUGUCACCCUCCUCCGUGUCCACUCUCCCGGAUGUGGCGUCAGGGACCCAGAUGUCACUUAUCUCCAGGUCCACUGAGGGGCCAGGACCCGGAUGUGGACUGGGGGACCCGGAUGUCACCUAUCUCCAGGUCCACUGAGGGGCCAGGACCCGGAUGUUGCAUGGGGAACCCGGAUGUUAUGUAAGUCCGCGUCCAUUAACCCGGAUGUGGACUGUGGCAGGGACCCAGAUAUGUGCUGGGCAGGACCCGGAUAUCACAUCCACAGGCCUGGCUGUGGCGUGUGGAGUCCCGGAUGUCAUGCUCCUCUCCUUCCACUGACAGGGUCUAGGACCCAGAUGUGGUGUGGGGAUCCCGGAUGUCAGGUCCCUCCACAUCCACUGAGGGUCCAGGACCAAGAUGUGGAAUGGGAACUACCCAGAUGUUAGGGACCUCCAGGUCCAUGAACCUGGAUGUGGGGUGAGUACCCAGAUGUUAGGGACCUCCAGGUCCAUGAACCUGGAUGUGGGGUGAGUACCCAGAUGUUAGGGACCUCCAGGUCCGUGAACCCGUAUGUGGGGUCGGUACCCAGAUGUUAGGCAUCUCCAGGUACGGGAACCCAGAUGUGGAGGCGAGUACCAGGAUGUUACUUAACUCCAGGUCCACUGGCAGGCGCCAGGACCCGGAUGUGAGGGGUUUGGACCCGGAUGUGAGGGUUGGGACCCAGAUGUGAGGGGUUGAGACCCAGAUGUGAGAGGUGGAACCCAGAUGUGGGCGGAGCGGGCACUCCACACCUUGGCCCCGGGCUCCAGCUGCGCUUUGGCCGUUGGGGUCCUUUCCCAGACUCGGAGGCAAUAAAGCAGCCAUGCUGCUUCUGGAUGGAAUUCUUCCUCACUUCCGCCCCCCAGCGCAGGCCAAGCCCUCCUGAGUCCCUCACUUCCUCCCCAGCCCAGGCCACACCCUCCUGAGCUCUGGCACGCCCUACUGAGCACAGGCCACGCCCCCUGGGCACAGGCCACGCUCCCUGACGGUCCUGACUCUUAUUGCAGCCCUCCAUGUAGUUCUCGAGGUUUCCCUCCUCCCCUUCCUCCUGCCUCUGCCAGGCCUGGCAAUUUCUUGGCGCCCAGCCCAGCAACUCCAGGCUUUUCCCUUUCUUCCCUGCCUUCCCCUUCAGCACCACAUCCUGUUCCUUUCCAAGGAACAAGGGGACUUUUAUUUUGGAGGGGGGUUGUGGAGUUCUGGCUGCUGGAGUGACGUGGACAUUUGACCCCUGCGAGCUUCCUGGCUGGCAGGGAGAGCAGCAGGCCCAGGCGCUGAUGGCAGAGAACUGUGGAUGUCGCACAGCAGCUGCGCAGCCCCACCCCUCGCCUUCCUCCUCCUCCUCCUCCCCCCUGGCCCCUGCGCAGGCCCCGCCCCCUCGCGCCCCAACUUCCUGCUGCUCUUGGCCGACGACCUGGGCCUGGGCGACCUGGGCAGCUUCGGGAACCGCAGCCUGCGCACCCCGCACCUGGACGGCCUGGCCCGGGACGGCGUGCGGCUGACCCAGCACCUGGCGGCAGCGUCCGUCUGCAGCCCGAGCCGUGCGGCCUUCCUGACGGGACGCUACCCUGUGCGCCUGGGCAUGGUGACCACCAACGGGGCGCGCGUGCUGCAGUGGGCAGCCGUGUCGGGCGGGCUGCCCACCUCCGAGAUCACCUUCGCCAAGAUCCUGCAGGAGCAGGGAUAUGCCACCGGCCUCAUAGGCAAAUGGCACCUGGGCCUCAACUGUGAGUCCCCCACUGACCACUGCCACCACCCCCUGAACCACGGGUUUGACUCCUUCUUCGGGGUCCCCUUCACCCUGAUGGGGGACUGCCUGCAAGCGGAGCCCUCGGAGAAGCGAGCGCGUCUGCAAGGGCCCCUGGACCUGGGGGCUCAGCUGCUGCUGCUUUCCCUGCUCUGCCUGGCCGCUGGGAAGGUCACGGGCCUGCUGGGCCUGCGCUGGGUGCCCUGGGUGCUGGGCCCCGGAUGUGGGGCCUUGCUCCUGGCCUGCACCUCCCGCCUCCUGGGUAUCUUCAUCGUCCAUGCUGACUGCUUCCUGAUGAGGGAUCACCAGGUCGUCCAGCAGCCUCUGAGGUUUGAGGCCAGCGCGGGGCUCUUCUUGCGGGAGGCUGAGGCCUUCAUCCACAGGCACCAGGCCCGCCCCUUCCUCCUCCUCGUCUCCUUCCUCCACGUCCACGUCCCGCUGGUCACCUCACCUGCCUUCCGGGGCCGCAGCGCGCACGGCGCCUACGGCGACAACGUGGAGGAGCUUGACUGGAUGGUGGGGCGACUGCUGGCAGCGCUGGACGGUGCGGGGCUGGGGCGCCGCACCCUCGUCUACUUCACGUCGGACCACGGUGCCUCACUGGAGGCCCGGGCUGGGGGCGCCCGCCUCGGGGGUUCCAACGGCGUGCACCGAGGUGGCAAAGGCAUGGGCGGCUGGGAGGGCAGCAUCCGGGUCCCUGGGCUGGUGCGCUGGCCCAGGAAACUGCCCGCAGGGCGCCUGGUGCCUGAGCCCACCAGCCUCAUGGACCUGUUCCCCACCGUGGUGCUCCUGGCCGGGGGCUGGGUUCCGGCGGACAGGGAGGUGGACGGCCGGGACCUGAUGCCCGCGCUGCUGGGGACGGCGCAGGCCGCAGGCCACGACUUCCUGCUGCACUACUGCGAGGCCCGGCUGCACGCCGUGCGCUGGUUCGACCGCCCAAGCCACACGGUGUGGAAGCUGCACUUCGCCACUCCACGCUUCGACCCGCCGGGCUCGGGCACCUGCCUCGGUUUCCCUGCCUGCGCCUGCUCGGGGCGGCGAAUGACCCGCCACCGGCGGCCACUGCUCUUUGACCUGACGGCGGACCCAGGGGAGACUCGCCCGCUGCAGGGCCCGAUGGCGACGCGCAGGCGCGUGGAGGCCGCGGUGGCCCGGAUGAUGCGCAUGCGCCGCCCCCUCGCGGCCCCGCCCCUCGCCCCUGCACACAACACCUGGAGCCCGCGCCUGCAGCCCUGCUGCUCGCCCGGACCGCUCUGUGCCUGCGACCACCUGAUCCCCGACCUCUGACCCCGA